GUCUGUCGCACUGUGUAGUCGUGAAAACUGGGCCUGUGCUGUCGAACCAAGCCAAAACUCUGACGUUUCCAGUCUCCUCUUGGGAUCUGGAGUGAAGGUUUUUCCCAGGCUUGGGGCGGGAAAAAGACGGUCGCUCUUGAGCCUGGCCUGGGACCUCCCGGGUACACGGGAUUCGAGACUCCCUGGGAAGCUGCGGGGGACGGGGAAUUUAAUUUUCGGGCUAGUUAGGCGCUAAGCUUGGGGCUAGUGCUACAAAGACAAACCAGCUCUUGCCCCCAAGGAGCCGGGAGUAGAACUACACUUAGAUGAGUAAAUACAAGCUGAGCGGAUCCUGGAAGCAAGCUAAGGAGUUGUAAGAACCUGGGGUUGUCAAGACAGACAAUUGGUUAAUCCCAGUUUAAAUUAGGAACACCCAUUGGGAGGAAUCUUAUGUGAAACAGAAAAUGCCCUUUUCCACACAGGCUGAAGAUGAGAAUGAUCAAUAUAUUUUAGUUGCUAGCCUUGACAAUGUAAGGAAUCUCUCAAACAUAUUGAAAGCUAUUCAUUUCAAAGAUCAUGCAACUUGUUUUGCAACAACAAAUGGAAUCAAGGUUACAGUGGAAAAUGCAAAAUGUCUGCAAGCAAAUGCCUUCAUUCAGGCUGGAAUAUUUCAAGAGUUCACUGUUCAGGAAGAGUCUGUGACAUUUCGAAUAAAUUUGACAGUCCUUCUAGACUGCUUGACUAUUUUUGGUUCAACUCCUUUGCCAGGAACUUCAACUGCACUUAGAAUGUGUUACCAAGGUUAUGGGCAUCCUUUGACACUCUUCCUGGAAGAAGGUGGAGUAGUAACAGUGUGCAAAAUUAAUACCCAAGAGCCUGAAGAUACACUGGAUUUUGAUUUCUGCAGCACAAAUGUUAUUAAUAAGAUUAUUCUUCAGUCAGAAGGCUUACGUGAAGCAUUUGCUGAAUUGGACAUGACCAGUGAGGUCCUACAGAUUACAAUGUCACCUGAAAAACCUUAUUUCAGGUUAUCUACGUUUGGAAAUUCAGGAAGUUCACACCUUGACUAUCCCAAAGAUUCUGAUCUGAUGGAAGCAUUUCAUUGUAAUCAGACCCAAACUAACAGAUACAAGAUUUCAUUGCUGAAACCAUCUACAAAGGCUUUAGCCUUAUCUUGUAAAGUGUCUAUUCGUACUGAUAACCGGGGGUUCCUAUCUUUACAAUAUAUGAUUAAGAAUGAAGAUGGACAGAUAUGUUUUGUGGAAUAUUACUGUUGCCCUGAUGAAGAUGUUAGUGAUUCAGAGCCCUGACUGAUAAUGUCUGGCUAUCUUGUUCUCUUUUGUUCUCUUAAUGUAUUUCAGGGCUUUCCAGUUAGAUGGGAUGAGAAUUUUGCAUUGAGAAACUAGUAAUAAGGGACAAAACAGUAUAUUUUAUAAAUACAUUCUUUUCCCAUAAAGAUAGUUUUCAAAUAGCUAUCAGUAUUCUGGUACUCUUCUGAAUGUUAUCUCUGGUUUAAGUAUAAGCAGUGAUAAAGACUGAAGAGUGAAUUAUGUACAUUACCUUUUCAAAACAGGAAUCUUUGAGAAAUUCUAUAAUCUGAAGUGGAAAAUUACUUUCUGAAAUGUUUGGUUUACUAUUUGAAAUGUUUCUGAAAUGUUUGGUUUACUAUUAAAAUUAGAAAAUGCAUGUUUAUGACAAGUUCAUUCAUCUAAGAUUAGAAUUUGAACAGUACAAAAUAUCAUUAAGAGAUAAUAAAUAUAUGUGUGUAUAUGUAUAUUUUUAAAAAAUACUUACUCUUUUAGUAGUGAUUUAUGUGCAAGUAGAAAAUGUAUAUGGUCAGAUUUGAACCUAGGUCCUCCAGACUUCAGGCCUAGUGUUCUGAACACAAUAACACCUAACUACCUUUCUGUAAAUUUUAAAACUUUAAUAUCAGUGAGGCACUCAUUUAUAUGAGUUCUUCAUAGGUGGAACUGGGCUAUCUAUGGACCUUGAGACUGAGAAUUAGCAAAAAAUCUUUAAAAUAAUAAAAUUCUAUAAACAAGCUA